AUGAAAUGCCUAACGUUCUUGCGCCAUCAUCCACCACUGGGCUGGGAUGCCAAAAUGCAGCUCUUCAGUUCGACUAAAACACGGCUCAUUGCACUUUGCACCUUCUUGUCGCUGGGUGGAUUUUUGUUUGGGUACAACUUGGUUGCCAUGGCAAGUGUCAUGGUUAUGCCUAACUUUUUGAAGCACUUUCGCAUUGUUGAGGAAUUGGAAGUAUACACUAUCAUUAUCACUACCAUGAUGAUCGGUGCUGUUGUCGGUGCCUUGUUGGGUGGUCCAUUGGCGGAUUUCCUUGGUCGUCGUGGUCUUGCUCUUUUUGGCUCCUUGUUAUGCAUGCUGGGAAAUUUACUACUGGUGGCAGCCGAUGAAAUGGCAAAGAUAUACGCAGGUCGCACCUUAGUGGGCAUCAGUGUUGGAAUGUUGUCAAUGGUAGUCCCGCUUUACAUCACAGAGAUUGCAACACCCAGCUCUCGGGGAAGAUUCAUUGCUUUCCAUCAGCUAUGCAUCGUUCUUGGUAUUUCGGUCGACUUUUGGAUCACGUUUGGAUGCACAUCAUUGCAAACUAGUCGUUCAUGGAGGAUCCCACUUGGUGUGCAGCUCAUACCUAAUGCUAUCUACGCGAUUGGCUUGUUCUUUGUUCCGCAAAGCCCAAGAUACUUGAUACAGAAGCAUCGUGACAAGGAAGCGAUACGGACACUCGCUAUGAUACGAGGAGAUGGAAGUACACGACAUCGAGAGGUGCUAAUGGAGUUUGCCGAAAUCAAGCAGAGGAUAUGCUUUGAAGAAAGAUACACCAAGAAAGGAUACAGGGAGCUAUUUCGUCGUAGCAGCGAUAACAAUCUUCGUCGUGUGAUCCUUGCGUGUGCAUCAUUGGCAUUUCAGCAACUUACAGGAGCCAAUACCCUUAUGUUGUAUUCUCCACUCAUCUUCCGUGCUAUUGGGCUCAAUGGGCAUGUAGCCACACUUUUUGCAAACGCCAUCAGUGGAUCGGUGAUUGUGGUUUCAACGCUGUUACCUGUAUGCUUAAUUGAUCGAUGGCAUCGACGACAUGGGAUGAUUGCCGGUGCUGUACUCAGUGCUUUAUGGAUGGCUAUCCUAGCAGCUAUAUCAUCAGUCGCUGGGAGCCGAUUUUCUGGGAUGGGGGAUUUUUACGAUCAUCUCUCGGAUCAAACCACAGCAUUGUUCCUACAUGAGCCACGUGCAAGUUCCGUUGCGUUCUUUGUGAUAUUCUACUUAUUCCUUGCCACGUAUGGAUGUUUCUGGGCACCAUUGGGAUGGAUCUAUCCAGCGGAGCUCUUCCCAAAUGGCGUUCGUGCUAAGGGAUUUAGCAUUGCCACGGCUGUCAAUUGGUUUUUCACUUUUGGUGUGACAGAACUUUCGCCCAUCGCACUUACCAGCAUUCAAUGGAAAGUUUUCUUGGUCUAUUGUAUUUUCAGCAUAUGUAUUGCGGUCAUUGUAUAUCUUUACUUUCCAGAAACAAAGGGCAUGUCGUUGGAGGAGAUCGAUUUGCUGUUCAGUGCCAACUUUAGGUUUUAUGAUCCUAAUUUACCUCAUCCUCGAGCAGCGAAUGAAACAUUGGAACAAAUUGACCAACGAUACAUUAAGGAUCGCCGAGUACUACAAUUUGGGCACGAUUACCCUACUACUUCAAGUCCGGAGCCUUCUACAUUGCCUGAAGAUAUUAUUAGAAACCCCACACCUAUACUCUAA